ACGUGCAGCAACUUGUGGGCAAAGAGGAGAGGAAAACAGAUUUCACAUACGCACACAGCUGGACAAAUGAGGAGGGAUCAGGGACCACGCUUCAGCCCUGGGUAUCUGGCGCACUGACCCUGCCUGUAACAGGCGAGGAGUCAGAGGACCAGGGCCAUGACUGGCUCUCCUGGCCAUGGAGGGCGUGCCUUAGUGCCAUGGCCGAAGCUGUGGCGAUGGGUCCUGACUACUUCACUGGUUGCCAUGGUAACCUUGACACUGCCAGGAAGCAGCCAAGCCUGUCCACCACGGUGCGAGUGCUCAGCCCAGCUAAGGUCAGUGUCAUGCCAGCGGCGACGGUUAACCAACAUCCCAGAGGGCAUUCCUACAGAGACGCGGCUCCUGGACCUCAGCAAGAACCGGCUCCGCUGGGUGCAGACAGGAGACCUGGCACCAUACCCACGGCUGGAGGAAGUGGACCUCAGUGAGAACCUCAUUGCCACAUUAGAACCGAAUGCCUUCUCCACCCUCCAGAGUCUUAAGGUGCUGAAGUUAAGAGGGAACCAGUUGAAGUUGGUGCCCAUGGGGGCCUUUGCCAAGCUUGGCAAUCUUACCAGCCUAGAUCUUAGUGAGAACAAGAUGGUGAUUUUAUUGGACUACACCUUCCAGGAUCUGAGAAGUCUAAAACACCUGGAGGUCGGCGACAACGACCUGGUUUAUAUAUCCCACAAGGCAUUCUCAGGUCUGCUGGGUCUGGAGGACCUCACUAUAGCGCGCUGCAACCUGACAUCCAUUUCUGGCCAGACUCUGUCCUACCUCCGCAGCCUGGUUACUCUUCGCCUUCGCCACCUCAGCAUCACUGCCCUGGAGGACCAGAACUUUCGCAAGCUUUCCAACUUGCGGGGUUUGGAUAUUGAUCACUGGCCAUACCUGGAGUACAUUUCCCCUCUUAGUUUUCAGGGCCUGGAUCUCCACUGGCUCUCCAUCACCAACACCAACAUCACUUCUGUCCCUUCGGCUUCUUUCAAGAACCUUGUCCACCUCACCCACCUUAACUUGUCCUACAACCCCAUCACCACAUUAGAGUCUUGGGCCUUCAAGGACUUGCUGAGGCUGAAAGAACUCAUCAUGGUAAGCACAGGGUUGAUGACAGUGGAGCCCCAUGCCCUCGGAGGCCUCCGACAGAUCCGGGUCCUCAACUUCUCCUCAAACGACCUGCAGACACUGGAAGAGGGUUCCUUCCAUUCUGUCAACAGUCUGGAGACCCUCAGAGUGGAUGGGAACCCCCUAAUGUGUGACUGCCGUCUGUUGUGGAUCCUGCAAAGACGCAAGACCCUCAACUUUGACGGCAGAGUGCCGGUGUGUGCAGGGCCGAUGGAGGUGCAAGGCGUGAGCCUCAGCUCCUUCACCGAUUCUGCACUCUUCGAUCACUUUACAUGCCAGAAACCUAAGAUACGCAACCGAAAGCUGCAGCAGGUGAUUGCACGUGAAGGCCAGCCGGUGAGUUUUCUGUGUCGAGCUGAAGGAGAACCUCCCCCUUCUAUUGUCUGGAUUUCCCCACAGCGCAGACGGAUCACAACUAAGAGUUCAGGACGCAUUACUGUUCUCCCCGGUGGCACCCUGGAGAUCCGCUAUGCUCAGCUCACUGACAGUGGAACAUACAUCUGUAUAGCCAGUAAUGCCGGAGGCAAUGACACCUACUUUGCCACACUCACAGUGCGUGGCCAACCGCUGGAUACCGCCUCAGCCUUCUUUCUCAAUCGCUCACUGUACAGCAGCGAGUUCUUCAACGACACAAAUCUAAACAGCACACGCGUUUUCCUCAAGUUCACCUUGGACCUGACCACCAUCUUGGUCUCCACAGCAAUGGGUUGCAUCACGUUCCUUGGGGUUGUCCUCUUUUGUUUCCUGCUGUUGUUCGUGUGGAGCCGGGGACGCGGACAACGCAGGAACAACUUCACAGUGGAGUACUCCUUCCGGAAAUCUGAACCCGCCACUGGAAGCUCUUCAGGAGGGACCAGGAAGUUUAAUAUGAAAAUGAUAUGAAACAACGCAGCCAGGGGUCCCUCGGGGGAGGCAUGAGCACGUCCCAUAAACGUGUUUGACACACGCAAACACACACAGCCUCUGACUCGCAAAGAAGUUUGACAACAUAAGUCCCUGUCUAUUGCUCCACUCAUUUGAGUGCCCACAUCAAAACCAGAGCCGUGACUCAAUUUGGUCCUGGCCCUGAUCUCUCAGCAAUUUAAUUCAGCUUGUGGUCAAAAUUUGUUUAAAUGACACUGUAAGAAGCAACAGCUACUUUUCAUUUGUGCUUGAUAAUAUAGAUUAAAGAAUUAUAGGUGAUAAGAUGUAAAUUGGCACAAUCACUGGCCUGUGGACUACUGAUAGUCCUGUUUCUCAUUGACUUUAAUGAGAAAUGAAAAGAUUUCCUUUUUAAUUUAAGUUUCCCUGUUCUGUUCUUUUUUUUUUCUGUAGAGUCAGCAAUUCAAAAAGAAAUCUAAUGCAGAGAGCUUCUGUCCAUUAAUUACUCUCUCUAAAGUCAGAUGUUAGAUUCAACUCAUUGUGCACACAAGGCACACAAUGAAAUGAUCAUUCCAGAUCGCUCAUCCAGAGACGAGCAUCUGCGGUCAUGCAACCAGAGACCGGCGCUACGUUAGGCGGUGUGGUUUAAGUGUCUUGCCCAAGGACACAGUGCAGCGCAGGGACAGGGGCUUGAACCUGCAACCUUCCAGCUGCAAAGUGGCCUGCCCACUGAGCCACUGCCACACGCUAAAGGCUGCCAUGUUGCUAAUCAUGCAUGUAGCGUUAAUGUGUAAGUUUGCACCAGCCAUAAAAAUACAGUUUUGAAAGACUGCUUAAUAAGUUUUUCUAUAGCACAUAUAACAGGCAUUGUUAUUUAUUCUGACCACAGCUGAGGAGCAAGGAUUACAAAGGGCCAAACGUUUUAUGAACAUUAUCACGUGGCCUUUGCUUUAAUGUGAAAAUGCUGAAAAAUAUGACCCAAUAAGAUUUGCAUAAAUGGCCAAAAAAAACCAAAAAACAAUCUGGCUUUUUCUUCUUUGUGGGAUUUUGCAACAUUAGCUGUGUGAGUUUGGGACGAGCACACCGGCUGAGAGUUGCUGUGGCAACCUGUGACUUGGAGGGUUUUGUUAGGAAGUUGUGCCCACGGGUCACAGGUCGCCACUGUAACUAUGCCAACCAACACAGGAGGGACAAAGAGGGACCAGGAUGGCGGCCACAGGAGGGUUGCUGGGUAGAAGAGGAAGGGAAGUCUCUGUGACCUCUGCUUCCUCGGCCCUACAUCACAGCGCUCACUCAUCCUCUUUCUUCAACACGGGAGGGUCAACCUGCCGCCUCCUGCCCCUCUUCCCUGCUCUCUGCCGUGUUGGUGGUCACCCGGCCUUACCAGUGCUGCCAGGGGGGAGCAGCCUGGUGAGAUGGGUCAUACUUAGAGGCAGACAGAGGACACACAGUCCCACUAGGAGGUGUUCGCAUAAACACACAUAAACACCCCCAUCCUACGAAUGGAAAGCGACACAUGUACAGCCCCUUUUCUCAGGAAAAGUGAAAUAACUAGCCUACAGAGUGAGAAUGGUUACACAUAUUUACUCUGAUAAACUAUAAAACAUUCCAGCAAUACUUUAUGUGGCACCAGAAAGCCAAAAUCCAUUCUCCAAGAGAGAACUGAUGUGAAUUUGUGAGUGCAUAAGCUAAGCCAUAGUUGUGUAGGUUGUAUUUUUAUACAGUCGUGUGUGCAUGAUUCAGUUAUAUAAUUAUUGCCACUGCCAUCUUACAAGCUGUCGCAAUGAUCACAAGACCAUCUGCUGUCACUGGGCUUGCAUAAAGUUUCACCUUAUAACAUACACACACACACACACACACACAGAGGAGAUAAAACCACAUCGAGGUUAUUUAGGCUGAUAGGAACAACAAUCAGCGACACAUGAAUAAACACAUGAACCAAUGAAAAACCAUGGCAAUCACAAAGUGCGGCGCUUGCUGCUCUCUGUCUGUCUCUGAGAGGGCCGGUGUGCGAAUGUCUCUGCCCCCCUAGCCCAGUGCUUCCCCCCUCCUCACCCACAUCCCCCACACACCCCCACUGGGUCCUCCUUUGGGAGGGGUCCCUGGCUGGAGACCAAGGAUUCAAAAUGUAAAUGAAGUCGUGUUAACCCUACCCACGCCAUGUGCAUCGUAUAGUGGAGAGUAGUACUGUGGUUUUAAAAAUGAAAAAAAGAUUUUAAAAUGACUAAAAACUUUAUUUUAAGUGUUUUGUUUGUCCUUCAGUUUAUUUUCUUUUUUUUUCAGUUGUUGUUCUCUGUGACCUUUUGGCUGUUUGCCGUCUUAAUGUUCUUUGUCCUCCAUGUGGGAUUGUUCUGUUCUCAACACCUCAGACAGUACGUUAUACGGUACACAUGCACCCAUUCACAUCUCAGGGUGCACGCAGGCUUAAAGCAGGCAGUGUCUUAAAUUCAUCAAGAACUGAGACUUAAUCCAAAGCUGUGGUUGAUACCUGCUAUACACAAUAAGAGAGACAAAGUUAACAGAUUAAACUGAUUUUUUUCUAUCUGUAGGUUUAUACAUUAGCCUAAAAGCUUAACAAGCUUUUCUCAGCAAGUAGUUACUAGGAAGCUGUGAGAUGAGGACUUUACACACUAGAGUAAGUCAUGGAUUUACCAUGGACUGUAUUAUUUAAAAAAAAAAAAAAAAAAAAGCCUGAUGUAGUCAUCCUGAUGUCAACUUUUGGUUAUUGAAACCUUAUAUUUGGCAUUUUAGCUGUUGCCAUUUUUUUUUUUUUUUAAUAGGGACAUGACCGUACAUGACACUUUGCUGUAAUGUUAAAUAGGAUGUUAACUUUGGCUAGCAGAAAAAAGGAGGCUCAGUAUAAAGAUGUAGUUACCGUGUAGUCUGCACAUUUAGUACAACCAAAUGCUAAAUGAGACAAAACUGGAGAUGUGCUGAUCAAUCAGCCAGCAACAGGAUUUGGCUGAUUUUGAAUGCUCUCUGCCCAACUGGGACUGGCCUGAUCAGCCUAAUGUAUGUCUGUUUCAGUACGUGCAACACCAGCGCGGCAAUGUAGGCAAAUCUUCACUGUGAGAGAAGACACAAAGUUUGCCACAGUAAACUGAGCGUGGGACCACCGUGAAAACGUUUGUAAUGACAAACCUAAUCAGACACUUCAACUACCGUUACCCAGCUGAACAGGAAUGUUUUAAAGAUGCUAACAAAGGAAAAGCAAUCCAGAGCUCAGAGACAUCCAGCAGCUCAGUCAGAAUUGGCAAAAAUCGGUAUCGGCAGGUCACACUUGGUAAAAAUAGGAAAUCUGAAUGAGCCUAGAAAACUGCAAAUGGUGCAUGUCUUGACAAACUAGCAUCUACCAACAAUAAUUAAUUACAUUGGGCUUAAUUCAGUUUAAAGGUGUUAUUUAUACAAAAAUCUACACACAUAAAGAUACUUUGAAAAAUGACGGUCCACGGCGAUAUCAAGAGGCCACAACAUUAUUUAGCUUAGGAAAAUUGUUGCCAUUUACAUGUCAGGGGUUGCAGAUAGUCAUAGACCUACUGUAAGAAACUGAGGGAACAUUCUUCUGAAUGCUUGCUUUAUAUAGCAAGUUAAUGGUUUGGAGAUCAUUUCCCCCAGGUAAGAGACACCUCAGAUUCUUGAAACCUUUGCUGAAUAAAUCCUGCAAACUCCAUUUUUGUCGCUUGUAAGGGAUGAUGAAACCACAGCCUCUCUGUCAGAAUGAAUAACUGAACAGCUCUUAAAGAUUCAUGAGGCCGAACAAGAAUAGAUGAACAAAUUAGCCUGGUUUUUAACAACCUCUUUGACAGCGUCUGCAGCCAUUUUGGCUCUCGGGGUGUUGAGAACAGGAUGUUGCCUUUGUGGAUAUCUCCUCUUCCUCAGCCAUGCCUUGUGUGUUUCCAUACCCCGGUACUUCUCAGUGCAAACCCUAGGUUUAGAAGACAGUGAGAAUGUCUGUAGCGAUUGUCGAUGGUGUUAUUGUGUAAACAUCGGUCUCAAAUGUAAGCGUAGAUGAAGGUGUGUUUCAUUUUUUUGACCUUCUUCUCCUUCUUCCCUCUUUACCGUCCUCGUCCCUUCUUCCUUUCCCCCCCAGUCGUCUUUCUUCAUCUCCUCGUUGUGCCUGUUCACAGUAUUAGGCUGGAAUAUGGUUGUGCGGUAGUAGACACGUGUUCACUGUGGCUGGUGAGUAAGUGUUGUUGUCUUAUGAUGUGUUGCUCCUCAUGAUGCCAUCAGACAUGGAGCAGUGAUUAGAUCAUUGGAGACAAAAGAUGAAAGGAAGGGGUGACCCAGGUUCCCUGAAAAAAAAAACACAAAACACACACACACACACACACACACACACACACACACUGGUUUCCAUUUCAUGCACCCAUUCCUAAAAAAAAAUGUCUGGAACUUUUCCCUCUCUGCACAGUGCCACUCUGGGAUCUUUCUCUGCAUAUGAAACCCCAUGGACUGUACUGUAUGUAUUUUCUCUUGACAAUAUCUUGUUUCACUUUAACUUGCAAAUGUAGAAAAGAGGUUGGGUUGUUGUAAAGCCGUGACUAAACACCUGUAUGCUCACUUUCUGCCCACUGAGGUACACUGAGUCAUCUUGACAGGGAGGUAGUCCAUUCAUUAAAAACCUGACACAUCAAGCUGAUCGGGGUUGGAACGAAGCACUUGUAUCUAUUCAAGCUCCAAACGCUUGCGUCAAGCUAAAUGUUGCUUUAAAAAAAAAAAAAAAAAAGAAGUGUCUUGCAUUUUAAAACUCCUUGCAGAGGUUUGCUUUCAAAGGUUUUAUUGAUAUGCUAAAGAUUUUAAUUGAUAAAGAGAAAUUACACUUUUCAAAAAAAGAAAAAAAAAUCCUCAGCAGCUCUCCUCAGAAAGACGGCAGCGCACACAGCUUUGCAGCUGAGCCUUUGCCUGACUCUGACUGACAGACUCUCUGUGUUUGUAGAUACCAGUGGAGGCGAGUUUGAUUCAUCUCCUCUGCCACGAUUCUUGAGAAAGUAGGCUGAGAUAUCCCCCGCUCCCUCCGCUGGUGUGUCCUUGCCUGCGGUUGGUAUACCGUAGUCUAGACGUCCCAUUUACAGCAGCAGCAGAAGCAACCUCAGUGUUAGUGUACCUUCCACUCUUCAAAGACCCACAACAAAAUAAGAAAAGAAAAAAAAAACCCUUAGACACCACAGUCAUGGCAUCAAGCUUGAAUUAUUCAUUUUUUCAGUGUGUCACAUUGUUUCCAUUCCAUUAACACACUGAAGAAGGCUUUGCUUUAAAUGCUCUAAGCUGUUUACUUACUAUUUUGGCCAAAAAAAAAAAAAAAAAAGAACCACAUUAGCCUUCCCUUCAAGACUACAUUUCUACAGCUUUUGUCUCCUGUCAUUUCUGAUUCCAUAUUAGCUCUAAAUAAAUCCAUCUCUUCCCCCCACGUCCUACAGCUGCCGGUUUUGAUUGGAUUAGACUUGAGAAUUAUCAGAGCUGAGACAAGCAGUAAUGGGAUGACAGACAAGUGAGUCUGGCUGAUUGGGUGAUUACUUGGCUUAUUAGUCCCAUUUCCAUAACAGACCUUUCAGACAGAGUGUCAUGCAAAUAGACUUUUAGCUUUUUAACAGUAUCAGUGUCAGACAGAAAUAUUACCUAUGGUGAUUUUCUCAAAGAGGCGGCAAUGCAAACAAUCUGCAUGUUCUGCAGCUGGGCAUGUUGCGGAGCUUUGCUGAAACACUUUAAAGCACCUUGGACAGACAAAUGCUUCAUCUUAACCUUGACCAGACAAUAACAAGUGCCCCACCUCCCCACCCCCAACCUUUCUCCUUGACUUUCUUCUGUGUGACAAUACUGACCCCCAGUGGUCACUGUGAGUAUGUGCAACAAAUAGGAUCCUGAUGCUGUUGUACCAAAGCAACACCUCGGGGUCCUGUGCAGGAAAGAGAGUAAAUUGACUGUUAGCUCCAUAAGUCAGUGUGUCACUGAUUUUCUUAUAGCCAUAGCGUGACCCUCAUCUAGGCACUGGGUGAGUCUCUGCCUGCAAUGGGAGCAGGAGAGGCCUUCAUCUCGUCAAAAAGCAACUGCUCUGACUCAGUCUGGAGAAACCCCCACCAGUCUCACCAAACCCCCCUAAAAAAUGUCACAGCAUUAUUCUUUCUCUGUAUAUGAUUGAGCGCUGAUCAGCACAUGAUUGGCUACUCUCUAGAGGAAAAAAAAAACAACUUUCUUUCUUGUGGUCUUAGCAGAUUAAAUCUAUGCAUGCCUUUUGUAUACAGUGAUUGGUCUUGCCAAACUCUCACCUACACUUGUACAGAGAGCCAUGGGUGCCAUCAUCGCUGGCCAUGGGACUGGUUGAAACGAUUAACAUGUGUUUGAUCUGGUACAAGUUAAAGCCAGGGGCAAAGAAUCACCUGCAUUCACGAAUAUAUAAAGAAGCAUUUGUUUACUUGGGAUGAUUGUACUUUUACACAUAUCUAUCUACAAACAGACGAUCUGCUCAGAUAUGUAAGCUAUUGAUAAAGCUAUUGAUAUUCCAAGCAGGAUGGUGGGACUGAUCAAUCAUGCUGCAUGGGGACAGGAUUAUUCAUGGCAUACUUUCAUUGAUCUAUCUUGAACCUUGUCACUCUCCCAAAGUCUCUCUGGAGUAGGAGGAGGCAUACAGAGCUCUUAUAGACCUGGUUGGCACUCAUUCCUAGGUUUCUACACUAGCUAGGUUUCUACUAACUAUUUCCUCUUAAAAACGAGAUGGUGCCAGCGUUUGUGCUUUUUUCUCCAGGUCUGGGGUAAUAUAGUGCUCUGUCACCUCUCCCACUCUCAUUUGGUAAAGCUCUGUAUUUGUUGGAGCCCUCUAAUUUAGUGCCAACAGAUAAAAUAAUACUGAUACUUAAAUCUCUCUCUCUCUCUCUCUCUCUCUCUCUCUCUCUUUCACACACACAACUCGGCACCGACCUCGUGAAGUAUCUCAAAACAUUUUUCAUCUAUCACUCUUUCUGUGCACAGGUGCACAUUUGUUUCCCUUUGACACGAUUGCUACUGACUGCUGAAACCUAGGAAUGGGUGCUGAGCGCUCCAACUAAAUGCAGAGCCGAUGUGAAAACAGCAGGUUAUCAGGUUGACUCGUGUCAAAUGAUCAAUCCUUACUAUCAAAGAGACUGUUAUACAAUCAAUACCAAAUCUGGACUCUGAUUUUCUCUGGCUUCUCGAGCAUCUGAGUGUACCUGAAUAUUUCUAGCAUGUAAAUUUUGUGCCAUAACGUGUGGAUCCUUGGAGAAGAAGAACAGGAACUGUACAUAUUAGAUCUAUUAGCCAUAUCAUGUCAUCCAAUCUGUAGACCUCCUUGCCAUGUCUGACAGAGGAAAAUGACUGUUGAACUGUAAAUAGUGUAGGUAUAGUAAAAUAGGAUUUAUCUGCUGUUUAUUUUCUCCAGGGAUCACCCAUGUUUUGCUCAGUCCCAUGGCUGCUUGGUCUCAAAGGGAAGGAUAAGACAAUAAUGUACUUGUCUAUAGAACACAUAUGACUUCUUUUUUAAUUUAAAUGUAUGUUUUAUAUACUGUCUGUCUUGUAAAUUAGCUCCUUUUUCGUCAUAAAAGCAUGAUGUGACUCGA